AUGGCUCCCGGGGGGCGGGGGGCUGCGGGGGCUGGCGUGGCCGUGAUUUGCUCCCCUCCUCCCCCCACACAGGAGUGCGGCGUGCCCUUCCCACGAGACCAGCCCCUGGACACGUCGCGCAUCGAGUGGAUCCGCAUGGGCACGACCGUGGCCACCAACGCGCUGCUGGAGCGCAAGGGCGAGCGCAUCGCCCUGCUCAUCACCAGGGGCUUCCGUGACCUGCUGCACAUCGGCAACCAGGCCCGGCCCUGCAUCUUCGACCUGGCGGUGACGGUGCCCGAGGUGCUGUACGAAGAGGUGAUCGAGGUGGACGAGCGCUUGAUCCCGCACCGUGCCGACUGCCGGCUCCCCGGGGCUGACACGAGUCAGCGCCUCCAAGGCUCCACGGGGGAUGUCCUGGUGGUGCAGCAGCCCCUGGACCUGGCCAAAUUGCGGACGGAGCUAGAGGGGCUGCUGGCUCGGGGCAUCCAGAGCCUGGCUGUGGUGCUGCUACACUCCUAUGCGUGCCCAGCCCACGAGCAGCAGGUGGGUGUGCUGGCCCAGGAGCUGGGCUUCCAGCAUGUGUCACUGUCCUCGGAGGUAAUGCCCAUGGUGCGAGUGGUGCCUCGCGGAUACACAGCCUGUGCCGACGCCUACCUCACUCCCUGCAUCCAGCGCUACCUCCACAGCUUCCGCGCCGGCUUUGUCCGGCAGCUCCAGGAUGUCCCAGUUCUCUUCAUGCGCUCCGACGGGGGCCUGACUCCCAUGGACCAGUUCAGCGGCUCCCGUGCCAUCCUGUCUGGCCCGGCUGGCGGCGUUGUGGGCUACGCCAUGACCACCUAUAGCCACGAGGACAGGCAGCCCGUGAUUGGCUUUGACAUGGGAGGCACCUCGACGGAUGUGAGCCGCUAUGCUGGGGAGUACGAGCAUGUCUUUGAGGCCACCACGGCCGGGAUCAGCAUCCAGGCUCCGCAGCUGGAUAUCAACACUGUGGCAGCUGGCGGGGGCUCCAUGCUCUUCUUCAGGUCUGGGCUGUUCGUAGUUGGUCCCGAGUCCGCGGGGGCUCAUCCCGGCCCCACCUGCUACAGGAAGGGGGGGCCCCUGACAGUGACGGAUGCCAACCUGUGCCUGGGUCGCCUGCUGCCCGACUACUUCCCGCACAUCUUCGGACCCGGGGAGGACCAGCCGCUAUCGCGGGAGGCAGCCCUGCAGGCCUUCCAGGAACUGGCUGCCCGAGUCCGCGCCUUCCGCGGGGGGGCCGCCCCGCUCUCCGUGGAGGAGGUGGCCAUGGGCUUCAUCCGCGUGGCCAACGAGGCCAUGUGCCGGCCCAUCCGCUCCCUGACCCAGGCACGAGGCCACGACAUGUCGCGCCACGUGCUGGCCUGCUUCGGCGGCGCGGGGGGGCAGCACGCCUGUGCCAUCGCCCGGGCGCUGGGCAUGAAGAAGGUCUUCGUCCACAAGCACAGCGGGCUGCUCUCGGCCUACGGGCUGGCGCUGGCCGACGUGGUGCACGAAGCCCAGGAGCCCUGCGCCCUGCGCUACGGCCCCGACGCAUUCACCCGGCUGGACCAGCGCAUCACUGCCCUGGAGCACCAGUGCGUGCAGGCCCUGGAGGUGCAGGGCUUCCACAGGUCCCAGAUCCGCACGGAGGCCUUCCUGCACCUGCGCUAUGAGGGCACGGACUGUGCCCUCAUGUGCUCGGCCCGCGGGCACCUGCCCACGCCCGACUCCUGCCAAGCUGGGGACUUCCAUGCGGCCUUCGCCCACAGGUACAUGCAGGAGUUUGGCUUCACCAUCCCCGAGCGCCCCGUGAUCGUGGACGACAUCCGGGUGCGAGGCACUGGCAGCACUGGCAUCGGCCAGGAACCACCCAUCCCUGCCAGCGGCAGGCCGGCCCGUGUGGAGACGGUGACACGCUGCUACUUUGAAGACGGCUACCUGGACACCCCCGUGUACCUGCUGGAGGAGCUGUCCUGGGACCACACCAUCCCCGGCCCCAGCAUCCUCAUCGACAAGAACAGCACCAUCCUGAUCGAGCCGGACUGCACGGCCACCCUCACACGUGUCGGGGACAUCUGCAUUGCUGUGGGCUCCGGGACGCUGCGCCCCGUCGGGCCUGAGCUCAACGCUGUCCAGCUCUCCAUCUUCUCCCACCGCUUCAUGAGCAUCGCAGAGCAGAUGGGCCGGAUCCUGCAGCGCACGGCCAUCUCCACCAACAUCAAGGAGCGCCUGGACUUCUCCUGCGCCCUGUUCGGGCCUGAUGGGGGGCUGGUGUCCAAUGCCCCCCACAUCCCCGUGCACCUGGGGGCCAUGCAGGAGACCAUCCAGUUCCAGAUCCGUAACCUGGGCUCUGACCUGCGGGAAGGCGACGUCAUCCUGAGCAACCACCCGUGCGCCGGCGGCAGCCACCUGCCCGACCUCACUGUCAUCACGCCUGUGUUCUGGCCUGGGCAGCCGAAGCCUGUGUUCUUCGUGGCAAGCCGCGGGCACCACGCAGACAUUGGGGGCAUCACACCUGGCUCCAUGCCCCCCCACUCCACAGCACUGCAGGAGGAGGGCGCUGUCUUUAUCUCCUUCAAGUUGGUGCAAGGCGGCAUCUUCCAGGAGGAGGCCGUGACCGAGGCCCUGCUGGCUCCCGGCCGUAUCGCAGGCAGCAGCGGGACCCGCAACCUGCACGACAACCUGUCGGACCUGCGGGCACAGGUGGCGGCCAACCAGAAGGGAAUCCAGCUGGUGGGUGAGCUCAUCGCGCGUUAUGGGCUGCCCGUGGUACAGGCCUACAUGGCGCACAUCCAGGCCAAUGCAGAGGUGGUGGUGCGUGACAUGCUGCGGGACUUUGCUGCACGUUGGGGGCAGCCCGGGCACCCCGUGGUGGUGAAGGCAGAGGAUCACAUGGAUGACGGGUCCCCGAUCCGGCUCCAAGUGCGGGUGGACCCCCAAGAGGGCAGCGCCGUAUUCGAUUUCACGGGCUCCGGGCACGAGGUGCACGGGAACUGCAACGCGCCGCGUGCCAUCACGCUCUCGGCGCUCAUCUACUGCCUGCGCUGCAUGGUGGGCCAGGACAUCCCGCUCAACCAGGGCUGCCUGGCACCGGUGCAGGUCGUCAUCCCCAAGGGCUCCAUCCUGGACCCGUCGCUGGAGGCAGCCGUGGUCGGGGGCAACGUGCUGACCUCGCAGCGGGUGGUGGACGUCAUCUUCAAGGCCUUCGGAGCCUGCGCGGCCUCCCAGGGCUGCAUGAACAACGUGACGUUCGGGAACGAGCGCGUGGGCUAUUACGAGACGGUGGCGGGCGGCGCGGGCGCGGGGCCCAGCUGGCACGGGCGUAGCGGGGUGCACACCCACAUGACCAACACCCGCAUCACCGACCCCGAGAUCCUGGAGCAGCGGUACCCGGUGGUGCUGCAGCGGUUCGAGCUGUGCCGCGGCUCGGGGGGCGACAUCUUUCGCUUGCAGACCCCCGGCGGGGGCGGCUUUGGGCCAGCGGCUGAGCCCGGAGACCCCCAGGAAGGGCAGAGCCCGGCUGCAGCCCGGAGCUUCGUGGAGCGGGGCAGCUUGUACGACUACCGCCGGGCGCAGGAGAUGGCGUGA